AUGCUCGAUGAUCCUGUUCAAGAUAAUCGUCCACGUUUAUUGAUAAUGGGUCUGAGGAGUGGCAAAUCUAGUAUCCAAAAAGUGGUCUUUCAUAAGAUGCCAGCAAAUGAAACACUCUUUCUUGAGAGUACUAAUAAAGUCGUUAAAGAAAACAUAACUUCAUUCAUUGAUUUUCAAGUUUGGGAUUUUCCGGGACAAAUUGAUUAUUUCGAUCCAUCAUAUGAUUCAAAUGUAAUUUUUGGAGAAUAUGGAGCAUUGAUUUUUGUGAUUGAUGCCCAAGUAAUGACGAGAGCUUUUGAUGUCAAUAAUAAUUUGAUAUUUGAAGUAUUUAUACAUAAAGUAGAUGCUUUAUCAGAUGAAUAUAAGAUUGAUACUCAACGUGAAAUUCAACAAAGGACUACGGAUGAAUUAGGAGAUUUGGGAUUGGAAAAUGUUCCAAUAAGUUUUUAUUUGACUAGCAUUUAUGAUCAUUCAAUUUUUGAAGCAUUUAGUAAAGUGAUUCAAAAACUUAUACCACAAUUACCAACUUUAGAGAAUUUAUUAAAUAUAUUAUGUGCUAAUUCAGGAAUAGAGAAAGCAUUCUUAUUUGAUGUCAAUUCCAAGAUUUAUAUUGCCACGGAUAGUUCACCUGUAGACAUGCAAUCUUAUGAAAUUUGUAGUGAUAUGAUUGAUGUCAUUAUUGAUAUUUCAGAGAUUUAUGGAAGAACAAAUAAUUCUUAUCGUGGAGAAGUAUACAAUGAAGAUCAUUCACAGGUGAAUACAAAUGGAACUACAAAUAAUUCAAAUGGAAAUUAUGGUGCAAUAACCGAAACCGCAAAUGAUGUUGAAUCAUUAAUUAAGUUGAGCAAUGAAAUGAUAUUAUGUCUCAGAGGUGUUAAUCGAUUUCUUGCAUUAGUUUGUCUUUUACGAUCUGAUAAUUUUGAAAUGCAUGGAUUAAUAGAUUAUAAUUUUCAAUGCUUUAAACAAGCUAUAUCCGAUGUUUUUGAAUUAAAACGUCGUGGUACCGAAAGACUUCGACACGAGAGAAUGAGAUUGAUGAAUGAUGAAAAUGUUGGUGGAUAA